UCUUUAGCUGCUACUUUAGCUGGUGUUCGAGGGGCUCGCCGUGAUGCCCUCGGCCCUUGCCGCCCACCAUGGUGAUCCGCGCACGUGAAUGUCGCUCGUCACGGGUGAGACCUGCACUUGCUGUUGUAGCAGUGUCGUUCUUUGCGGCGUGCGCAGGUGGGUGUUCCAGCCCCGGCGUGGCUGCUCGCGGAAUGGGCGGUCCACUGCCCCGGCGAGCGGCAGCAUGUUUGGGGAAGUUCGAUGCGCUGCAUGUGGGGCAUAGCUCGCUGAUCCGCUACGCGCGGGAGAUGAGCUUAGAUCCCUGGCUCAUCUCCUUCAGCGGCAUGGCGGAGGUCUUUGGUUGGCCUGAGCGCUUGCCAUUGGUGGCGCCAGAACACCGCGGUGGCCUUUUGAACAGCUUCGGCGCACAGGAGCGAGUGCUGCCCUUCCGCGAGGUGCGUGGCCUCUCGCCCGAGCAGUUCGUAGAUGUCUUGGUGGACCAACUUGGCGUUGAAGGCGCCGUGUGCGGCGCCAAUUUCCGCUUCGGCUUCCAAGCCGCGGCGGCGGCUGAGGACCUGGUGGCGCUGGGCAGGAGGCGUGGCUUGCAGGUGUGCGUGGCGCCGCUGCUGGCACGGGCUGGGACAGUGAGUUCCACACGGAUCCGCCAGCUGCUGCAAGAGGGCAAUCUCGAGGAGGUGGCCCAGAUGUUAGGACGGCCUCACCGUGUCCUUUGGCAUUCACUCGGAGAAUCAGGUCAGCUCCAGAAGCCUCAAAAUGAGAUCCCGGGCCAGGGCGUCUACGAGGUCUCGCUGCUGCGGGACGGGGCGGCGGUGGCUGCCGCGGUCGCGAUUCAGGCGGACGGUGUGUUUCUCAGGGAGACCGAGCUGGCUUCCUUGGGCGCGGUGGAUCUUCUUUUCGACAGAGGAGCGGCAGCGCGAGAGGUGGAGUCAAACUGAGCGACCUGUCGAGAUCAUGGCCUUGAGGGAUCAACUGGCACGACCGUCCACGUUGGAUGGCAGGGUGUCACCACGGUGUCACUACCGAAUUCCACCAUCAUGAAAGUGGAACCGAC